AUGGACAACACUGUGAUGGAUGAGGGACAGGAUAAUGUCUGUCUGAAUGCGAACCUGCCGCUGUCUGAGGAUGAGAGCGUGUCUAGGCGCCAACUCGGUGCCACGACUGCUGAGAAAGUUUCGCCGCGGGAUAAGAACGGAGGUUCCCCUCUGGGACUUCCCAGAAGACCCUUAAGUAUAUCGCCUGAUGAGCAGGCCGACCCAGCGGUAGCCCUCAAGGUGGCCUCAACGUCAACUCGAGGCCGCGGUAAGCGAGCUUUAGGAGCCUACAGCUUCCUAAAGGAAGCAAAGGAGUAUUUGGCUGAGGGGGAGGAGAGCGGGGAUGAUGACUCUGAUGCCACCUACCGUGCACCUUACAGAAAGAUAGCGAGCCCAGUCCAGGCGACCAGGGGGCUUUACGAGGACGAAGACCACAGUGCCCCACUUGCCGUAACAGUGGAGGCCCUUGCUGCAGAGGCCCUGAUGAACGUCGCAAAAAUACAGGGCGAAGUUAAAAAGAGUGGACACCUUAAAGGCACAGUGCUUGGCCAGAUUAAUAAGGCCACGCAGGAAGUAAUAGACGCAGUAGAGGGCCUACGAUCUAUUACACCAGAAGAGGAGCAGCGCAGACUCCGUGCUGACGACGCUCGGCUCGCAAGAGAGCUAGAGUUGAUGCGUAGAAAACUACGAGCCUUUAAAGAAGCGUAUGCUGAACAGAACAAAACCCCUGUGGCAUCGAGGAACACAGCUGGGGUCCAACCAGGUGUAGAAGAAAUAAUAAAAGAGGCUAUGGAAGGAAUGAGACGCGAGCUUCUGCAGUCGGUGGGCGGAAUGGUCAACGCCCGCCUCGAAGACCUGGAGAUGCGUCUCCCUGCAGAGCCUGUGAUACGACCACACCUGAACGCCGAUCAGCGACAGCCACCACCGCCCCGCCACAGAGUCCGUUCUGGUUUGGCGAUCAGCGCUAUGAAAGGAACAGCCGAUCAGCCAGCCCAAGCCAAGGCUGCUCAGCCAGGGCCCAAGAGGGUCCCGAAGACGAAGGCGAGGCCGACUGUCCCUCCGCCUCCUCCUCCCCCCAAGGGAAAACAGAGAGACGGAAAUGAAGAAAUGGCCUCCUCAACUGGAACAGGACCAGUGCAACAAGACCAGAUUCCUCAAGAAGCGCCAUGGUCGAAGGUUGUCGGCCGUAAAUCAAGGGGAAAGGCUCCGACCCAGCCCACUCUCCAAACUGUGGAAAUCCAAAAAAGGGCCGUGGUCGCCCCAAAGCCUAUCAAGAUAGUGGCCCCCAAGACGGCGGCCAUUAUGAUAACUUUGAAGGAGGGGGCGACCAUAGCCACAACUGAUGGCCAAAUUGUUGCGGCCAAGUAUGCGGAGGUCCUAUCUAAGGCUAGGGCCUCUAUCUCGCUUAGAGAUGUUGGUCUGGAGUCGGUCAAGAUACGAACUAGUAUGACCGGCUCCAAACUGAUGGAGGUGGGAGGGGAGACUCCAGAUGAGUCGGCCGACCGCCUAGCCGCAGAGUUGACCAGAGUCGUUGGGGAUUUGGCGGAUAUUACCCGCCCAACCAAACUGGCCGACCUUCGGUUUACCGGUUUGGACGACUCGGUCAGCCGCGAGGAGCUGGCGGAAAAGGUGGCGACGGCUGGGGGCUGCUCCCCCACCUAA